GAGGUGCUCGACGAACAAAAUGUUCGGCGGCUCGCGAGCGCGACAGACGACUGGCUACGACGUAGAUGGGGACGAGAUUCACUACCCUACUCGCCCAGUUGACAAGGACAAGGCAGAGGCAGAGCUCGUCGUGAAUAUCAAGAAGGCCACAAACCCUGACGAGACUGCUCCUAAGCAGAAGCACGUUCGAAAAUGUAUCGUGUAUACCUGGGACUAUCACUCCUCAAUAUCCUUUUGGACAGGUCUUCGCGUGCAGCCUAUUCUUGCGGAUGAAGUGCAGACCUUCAAAGCGUUGAUCACUGUCCACAAGGUUAUCCAAGAGGGACAUCCUGUUACUAUCAAAGAAGCCCAUGGGCAGACAGGAUGGCUAGAGACGUGCGCACGUACUGUUGGACAUGACAGUGCUCGUGGAUAUGGUCCCCUAAUCCGAACUUACGUGCAAUUCAUCCUCGCGAAGCUAAGAUUCCACCGCCUUCGACCCGAAUUCAACGGACUCUUCGAAUAUGAGGAAUAUGUUACGCUGAAAGGAAUCGACGAUCCGAAUGAAGGCUACGAGACCAUUUCGGAUCUCAUGAAUCUCCAGGACCAGAUCGACUCCUUCCAAAAGAUGGUCUUUGCUCAUUUCCGCCAUACUGCGAAUAACGAGUGUCGGAUAUCUUCUCUCGUCCCUCUGGUGAAGGAGAGUUGGGGUAUUUACCGCUUCAUCACGAGCAUGCUUCGUGCCAUGUACCGGAGGACCAACGACGCGGACGCGCUGGAGCCUCUCCGACAGCGUUACUGCGCUCAGCAUUAUGCGCUGCGCAAGUUCUACUAUGAGUGCUCUAACCUCAAGUACCUCACAAGUCUUAUCAAUGUCCCCAAGCUUGGUCAGGACCCGCCAAAUCUUACCGAUAGUGGCCCGGCUCCUGACCUUCCUGCUCGUCCAACAACAACUGCGCCGCCUGCUGCCACGCCGCCACCCGCCACCCCUGCGCCAGACAUCGCUGAGCAAGCUCGAAUGCUCAAGGAGUAUGAGGAUCAGCAGAAGGCAAUACUUGCUGCUCGCGCAGAUGAGGAGCGAAGACGACGAGAGCAAGAGGAGCAACAGCGUCUCGAGUUUGAGCGCAGACAAGCGGAACAGGCAGAGCGUGAGCGUCUUGCUCAGGAACAACUCAUGCAGCAGCAGCUCCAGCAGCAGGCGCAGUACAAUAACUAUGCUGCUCAGCAAGCCGCUCAACAAGCUAUGGACCUCGAGCGAGAAUUGCUCGCUAUGCGCGGCCAGUACGAGCGAGACCAGCUGAUGCUCGAGCAAUAUGAUCGCAGGGUCAAGGCGCUCGAGAGUGAACUCGGCAGUGUCACUUCGAACAUCAACUCGCAGCUGAUGUCCAAGGACGAUCUUAUCAAGCAGCUGCAGGACCAGGUCACUCUCUGGCGGAACAAAUACGAAGCCCUUGCGAAGUUGUACAGUCAGCUGCGUACCGAACACUUGGACAUGUUGGCCAAGUUCAAGCAGAUGCAGCUAAAGGCCAACUCGGCCCAAGAGGCCAUCGACAAGAUGGAACGUAUGGAACGUGAUCUCAAGGCGAAGAACCUUGAGCUCGCUGACAUGCUGAGGGAACGCGACCGUGCCCGGUUCGACCUUGACCGGCAGAAGGCGAGCCACAAGGAUGAGAUCGACCGCCUCAGGCGUGACCUCAGGUUUGCGAACGAAAGAGCAGAGGAUGCUUCUCGAUCGAAGAGCUCGGAGGUGUCCGGUGUAUUGCAGAAGUACAACCGUCAACUCGCCGAGCUUGAGGAUUCGCUUAGGGCGAAGCAAAUACAGAUCGACGAGCUGCUUUCCAGGUUGGAUAACACCCAAGCGGAAAUUGACCGCGUCCGUGAUGAAAAGGAUGCUGAGAUCGCCGUUCUUCAGGAGGGCAUGGACCAGACCCUUCAACACUUGUCUGAUGCCCAGCAGAGCCAAGGUAUUGUGGAGGAGAGCACCAACGCUCAAAUUGACACCCUUAUUCUCGAUAAUCGCAAGAAGCUCAACGCUAUCAUCGAUUCCAUCUUACAAGCGUGCGUACAGAAGGUUGACGAGGCAAUCUAUGAGCUGGAGUCUCCAGCACAGACCGGCAACCUCAACUCCACGCCUGAGUACACUCUGUCGAUGAUCGAGAAGGCGGUCAACAAUGCUACUGACUUCGCUACCAUCUUCAACCUUUACCUUGGCGGCGAGGUCGGUGGUGACCAUGUCGACGUAAUCAAGGGCGCGAACGAAUUAGCGCAAUCGCUGUCGGACGUCCUCAUCAACGCCAAGGGCGUUACUCGCCUUCUGGGUGACGAGCAAGUCGAGAAGGUCAUUGCUGUUGCGAAGGCAGCCGGUGAUGUCGGCCUUCGUGGCUUCCUGAACAUCCAGUCGUACAAGCUCGACCUGAUCCCCCAAUCCACUCAGCGCAAGGAAGUCGCCAUGCGCAAUAAUGUUGAACUUCGAUCAGCACUCAGCAGGCUCUCCGAGACCCUCGACAAACUCGCACCCAAGGGUGGCAAAACGGGUGCGCUUGCGAAGGCCAAUGGCGAUCUCGGUGACCUUGUCGAACAAGAGAUGUUGGGUACCGCGAAGGCGAUUGAGCAGGCCACCGAGCGCCUGAAGCAGCUCAUGGCGCGUCCUCGCGACUCGUCUCGCUUCAGUGCUGUCGACCUGCAGGUCCACGACUCCAUACUUGCCGCGGCGCUUGCCAUCACAAACGCGAUCGCCCGUCUCAUCCAGGCCGCGACAGAGUCGCAGCAGGAGAUCGUCGCGCAGGGCAAGGGCUCGAGCACGAGCCAGCAAUUCUACAAGAAGAAUAAUCGCUGGACCGAAGGCCUCAUCUCCGCCGCCCGCUCCGUCGCGUUCGCGACGAAUCUGCUCAUUGAGAGCGCUGACGGCGUCAUCUCUGGCACGCACACGAUGGAGCAGCUCAUUGUCGCGUCAAACGAGGUCGCGGCGGCGACCGCGCAGCUCGUCGCCGCGUCGCGCGUCAAGGCAAACCUCAUGUCCAAGACGCAGGAACGCCUCGAGCUCGCGGCGAAAGCGGUCACCGAGGCCUGCAAGGCGCUCGUCAAGCAGGUCAAGGCGAUCUCGGCGCGCGAGGCGCUCGAGGAGGACGUUGACUACAAGAACAUGGCCACUCUCGAGUUCAAGAAACGGGAGAUGGAGCAGCAAGUCGAUAUCCUCCGGCUCGAGAAGGACCUCGGUGCCGCCCGGCACAGGCUGGGUGCGAUGCGGCGCGCUGGGUAUCAUACAGAGGAGACGGACUGAGAGCAGGCACGGCCAUAAUAUUAGCGACGGAUCUCUCAAUACCUUGUAAUCAUAUCUGCUCGCGACUUUGUUCAGUACUCAGUUUUUACUACAUGUAUCGCUGUCGUAUAGCAUUGGAAAUAUGAAAACAGACUUUUCUC